AGACUGAGCUGUAAUGUUGCUUUUGCUGUGUUUGCCAGCAGAGCUCUGGGCUUAUACAAUGGUCAGCAAAUCCCUCUUCUAAAGCUGGAUUAACUGUACUUUCCUUCAGUGGAAACUGCUGUUUGGGUAAGAGAGAGAAAUCCAAAAUUCUCAUUUUCUUUCAAGAUAGGCAAGCAAAGAAAACUGAGCUGUUUUGCUGUAGAAACACUCAGUGAAGUGUUGGUUGGAGAAGGAAAAUGUAUCAUCUGUGUCCAAGGCCAUCUGACAUAACGUAGGUCUUCCCUCACUGAGGAAUGUAUGUGAUGGGAGUACAGAAGAAAGCUUGGCUUGGAAGAGGGGAAAGAGGUGAAAAUGAUAUCUAACACAGGCCUUCUAACAGCAGGUGAACCAGGUAAUAAAGUCUGUGCUACAAAAUUCACUGAUUUGAACCCAAAAUGAACAAUUAGAUGCUCAUGGGUUCCUAAAGCACAGAAAUUAGAAAUGAAGUGCACAUGUUGAAGCCAGGGCAGAAUACUCUGAUUAAUACAGUCUUUUUUUCAAAAAUACUACUUCUAUUAUCCUUCUGUGCUUCUUUUGGGAGAGAAAAUCCAUGGUCUUAUGCCUGUCACUGCUGGGACAUUUUUUUGCUUUUCAUUUUCCAUUUAAUUCCAUUAUCCAGUUCUUUUACGGCUCUAGAUUUUUACUGUAUGUUGCUGUCAAAUAUUUGUACUGUAUUCUCAAACCUUUCUAAUGUCUAUUUAUACCUUCUGUCCUCUGCCAAGAACUUUUAGAUGGUAGGAUUAAAAUUAUAAAAGCCGGUGUUGACAUCUGUUUGUUCUGUUUGCUUCUCUUGUGUAGUGAGGUGCCUCAGGAAUAUCUCUGCCUUCUGCUGAAGGUCUUCUGAGAGCUAUGAAAUGCAGAGUUAGACUUCUGUCCCAGGAGGGGAAGGAACCCAGAGCUGUGUGAUGUUGGACCAAAAGAAUGAAUAUUCCUUUCAAAGGCUUCUGGUUCUGAACAGUCUGCAACUGUAAAUCGUGCCAAAUACUGUAGUAGUUCUGGGUUUUCUAAACCCGUUGGUGGCGUUUUUCCUUGGAGUGUAGAAUUGAGUGGAUACUUAGCCAUGGUUAGCUAUGCUGCUGCUUUGUAUGUACGUACAGAAUCGCAUGAUGGUACAAGCAUAUUGAUGGCUGUGAAUUUACUACUACUGCUUUUAAAAAUAGCAAUAAGAAUUUCUCAGUUAGGGUGAAUUGGAAAACAUGCAUCUAAAGGGUAGCAUGGAGUGCAAGAGUCUCUUAAACAGUCAGUUCUUAGUACGUGGAAAGAAAGAACAUGUGGCAAGACAGCAUGGUGUUGCCUAUAGAUGCCAGGAUCUUUGGCAGUUGUUUGAUGCGGUAUUCUCAGCCCUUAUCCAUUUGAGGGAUCUUCAUUUUUGUGGGACUGUGAGAAAAUCCUGCUAUUGCUCACAUGUUAUCAGGGCCUGACAGAGGUGGUGGAUCUUGAAGAGCAGGAACAUAUUUAAGCAACAGCCCGUGGAAAGGUGAAUUCUCUGCAAAACAGGUAAGAGCUGCCAUCUGUCACUGUUCUCACUGAAAACUGAAGAAGCAGCUCUCCUCCUGGAAUAAAAUACUCUGUGAGGACUUGGAAGAAAGUGUUUUCAGUCUCACCUAAGAAUUUGCUAUUGCUAACAAAACAAGGGCUACGGAGUUCAGUUUGGUAAUUAUUCUGCCUACUUAAGUUUCCUUUGUAAUUUCUGUGACUGUGUUGCAAAUACGGGGCUGUUAUAUAAUAGCUCUUGAGUGUUGCAAAUGACCUCAUCAACAAAAUGAACCUUUGUAUGUUACAUUUUUCUUUAUGCAUUGUAUUAUUUGUCCUAAUGAAGAGUUACUGGGGGAUGAAGAGGAAAACAGAGCAAGAACCUUUUGUUUAAGCAACCCAACCCCUGCAAACUCUGGAAAAAAAAAAUAAUAGAAAAAAACAAGUGUGCUAAAAGGAAAAGAGGGAGCUGCAGAAAGAAUUGGAUGGCUCUUAACUGCUGCUUUUCAGCUGGAUAUGAGAUAACUGUUUUGCCAGCUUUAGAUGUAAAAUCACAAAAAUGCUAAGUAUGUUUUUAGGAAGGGAAAGAUGAGGGUAAAAAUUUUACCCCCUCGGAAGACAUUUUGUAUGUCAGAUAAACAUAACGAUGGAGGAUAUUUGGAAGGAAUCUGAAGAAACUGGGCAUACCAUACUAAAACGAAGGUGAUGGCAGAUGUUAAGUAUGAGGUCUGUGUUUAGACUGACUUCCUGUUUAAAAAUUUAGAGGCUGUUUGUGUAAUAUUUUGCUAUGAAGACUGUUUGGUUUCUGGAUUCUGCUGCUCUCGCUUCUGGAGGGAACAAAACUACAGACAGUGAAGAUGAUUUCUGGUUGCUUGUAACCAUGUAAAGAACUUGUGCCAUGGUCAUAUGUGCUAUCGAGAUAGGCAUGGAAAGUUGAGUGACAUUAGCUCAGAAUCUGUCAAUGAUCUCUGUAUAGCUUCUAUAUAUUGUUUUACACAUGUUGCGAUGUCAAAACGUCAUUUCUUUCCUCUUGGAAAAGUGAAAUGAUUUUUGAAUACAAAGGGUUUGUUAAAAUGUCCAAGCCUCCAAUGCGAUGAAAAGUUUUAUGGAAGAUGUUUGUCAUGGCAAAGCCCAGAGGUUCACCUGAUUGUUUCUGUUCUGGAAUUAUCUGCAGAACUGUAAGAAGAUAUUUCUGCUUUGAUUGCUGGUCCAGUUGCCUGAAGGGCAAGUGCUGACUUCCGUCAUGCUCCUGGACCCUGGACUAACUGGGGUUGAAACGUGACACUGGAGGUUUAUGUUCCACCCUAAUGCCUGCUUGGCAUAACAAGUAGUACCGAAUGCUCCUGUGGACGCAAUCACUUUACGUGUGCAGUCAGUGCUUUUGGGGAAUGUACAUGCAUCCCGGCUCAGUGGCAGUGUGAUGGAGACAAUGACUGUGGGGACCACAGCGACGAAGAUGGCUGCAUGCUGCCCACUUGCUCCCCCUUGGACUUCCACUGUGACAACGGGAAGUGCAUCCGCCGGUCGUGGGUCUGCGAUGGAGACAACGACUGUGAGGAUGAUUCUGAUGAACAGGACUGCCCGCCACGAGAAUGUGAGGAAGAUGAGUUCUCGUGUCAGAACGGGUAUUGCAUCCGCAGCCUGUGGCACUGCGAUGGUGACAAUGACUGUGGAGACAACAGUGACGAACAGUGUGAUAUGAGGAAAUGCUCAGAGAAGGAGUUCCGUUGCAGCGAUGGCAGCUGCAUAGCUGAGCACUGGUUCUGUGAUGGUGACACAGACUGCAAAGAUGGUUCGGAUGAAGAGAAUUGCCCAUCAGAUGUUCCAGCUGCCACCUGCAGCUUGGAGGAAUUCCAGUGUGCAUAUGGACGGUGCAUCUUGGACAUCUACCACUGUGAUGGCGACGAUGACUGUGGGGACUGGUCUGAUGAAUCUGACUGCUCAUCUCACCAGCCAUGUCGCUCCGGGGAGUUCAUGUGCAACAGUGGCUUGUGUAUUAAUGCUGGUUGGCGGUGUGAUGGAGACUCUGACUGUGAUGACCAGUCUGAUGAGAGGAACUGCACUACAUCUAUGUGUACAGCUGACCAGUUCCGCUGUAAAUCAGGGCGCUGUGUCCGUUUGUCCUGGCGUUGUGAUGGGGAAGAUGACUGCUCUGACAACAGUGAUGAGGAGAAUUGUGAAAAUACAGGGACCCCUCAGUGUGCUCCAGACCAGUUCCUGUGUGGGAAUGGGCGUUGCAUUGGCCAACGGAAGCUCUGCAAUGGUGCAAAUGAUUGUGGAGAUGGCAGCGAUGAGAGCCCGCAUCAAAACUGCCGUCCACGAACAGGGGAGGAGAACUGCAAUGUCAACAAUGGUGGCUGUGCUCAGAAGUGCCAGAUGGUACGAGGGAUGGUGCAGUGCACCUGCCAUACAGGUUACAGGCUUCUGGAAGAUGGCCGGUCAUGCCAAGAUGUGAAUGAAUGUGCUGAGGAAGGUUACUGCAGCCAAGGCUGUACCAACAGUGAAGGUGGUUUCCAGUGCUGGUGUGAGCAAGGCUAUGAGCUGCGCCCUGACAAGCGUAGCUGCAAAGCUCUAGGGCCAGAGCCAGUGCUGCUCUUUGCCAAUCGAAUUGAUAUCCGGCAAGUGUUACCACAUCGCUCAGAGUAUACACUGCUCCUGAACAACUUGGAAAAUGCCAUUGCCCUUGACUUCCACCACAGCAAGGAGCUGGUAUUUUGGUCUGAUGUCACUCUGGACCGCAUAAUGAGGGCCAAUCUGAAUGGUAGCAACGUGGAAGAAGUGGUUUCUACAGGUCUGGAGAGCCCAGGUGGACUUGCUAUUGACUGGAUACAUGACAAAUUGUACUGGACAGACUCUGGAACAUCUCGAAUUGAAGUAGCAAACUUGGAUGGUACUCACAGGAAGGUGCUUUUGUGGCAGAACCUGGAGAAACCCCGGGCGAUUGCCCUCCAUCCUAUGGAGGGCACAAUCUACUGGACUGACUGGGGCAACACUCCCCGCAUUGAGUAUUCCAACAUGGAUGGCUCUAAUCGGCGCAUCAUUGCGGAUACGCACCUAUUCUGGCCCAAUGGGCUGACCAUUGACUAUGCAGGGCAUCGGAUGUACUGGGUGGAUGCCAAACACCAUGUAAUCGAGAGGGCUGACCUUGAUGGACGGAAUAGGAAAGCUGUUAUUAGCCAAGGCCUUCCACACCCAUUUGCUAUCACCGUGUUUGAGGACAGUUUGUACUGGACAGACUGGCACACCAAGAGCAUUAACAGUGCCAACAAAUUCACAGGCAAGAACCAGGAGAUCAUCCGAAACAAACUCCACUUCCCCAUGGACAUCCACACACUGCAUCCUCAGCGUCAGCCAGCAGCAGGGAGAAACCGCUGUGGGGCCAACAAUGGGGGCUGUACACACCUGUGCCUGCCGAGCAGCAAGGAUUAUACCUGCGCCUGCCCCACUGGCUUCCGCAAGACCAGCAGCCAUGCCUGUGCUCAGAGUCUUGACAAGUUCCUGCUUUUUGCCCGAAGGAUGGACAUCCGUCGGAUCAGCUUUGACACAGAUGACCUGUCAGAUGAUGUCAUCCCCCUUGCUGAUGUGCGCAGCGCAGUGGCUCUGGACUGGGACUCAAAGGAUGACUAUGUCUACUGGACAGAUGUUAGCACCGACUCAAUCAGCCGAGCAAAAUGGGAUGGAUCAGGACAGGAGGUUGUGGUGGAUACCAGCCUGGAAAGUCCAGCUGGACUGGCAAUUGACUGGGUCACCAACAAACUAUACUGGACUGAUGCAGGAACAGAUCGAAUAGAAGUCUCCAACACAGAUGGGACCAUGAGGACUGUUCUGAUCUGGGAGAACCUAGACAGACCUAGAGAUAUUGUAGUGGACCCUGUUGGAGGGUUCAUGUACUGGACUGACUGGGGAGCCAACCCAAAAAUUGAGCGUGCUGGUAUGGAUGCUUCAAAUCGCUUGGUGAUCAUUUCCUCCAACUUGACAUGGCCUAAUGGCUUGGCCAUUGACUAUGAGUCACAGCGCUUGUACUGGGCAGAUGCAGGCAUGAAGACCAUUGAGUAUGCCAGUCUGGAUGGCAGCAACAGGAAGGUGCUGAUUGGGAGCAAUCUACCUCACCCAUUUGGACUUACUCUUUAUGGCGAGAGAAUCUACUGGACAGACUGGCAGGCCAAAAGCAUCCAGAGCGCAGAUAGAAGGACUGGGCAGGCACGGGAAACGCUACAGGACAAUCUGGAGAAUCUUAUGGAUAUUCAUGUUUUCCACCGGCAUAGGCCACCAGUACGUACACCAUGUGAAGUUAACAAUGGAGGCUGCAGUCACCUGUGCCUUCUGGCACCUCUUCCGAAAGGUUAUAGCUGUACCUGUCCUACUGGGAUCAACCUACAGUCUGAUGGCAAGACGUGCUCCACUGGAAUGACCAGCUUUCUGAUCUUUGCCAGAAGGACUGACAUACGGAUGGUCUCUCUGGAUAUUCCCUACUUUGCAGAUGUCGUCGUUUCAGUCAAUGUCACCAUGAAAAACACCAUUGCAAUUGGAGUGGAUCCUCAUGAAGGAAAGGUUUACUGGUCAGACAGCACACUGCGAAAAAUAAGCCGGGCUGCCCUUGAUGGCUCCAAAUUUGAGGACAUCAUCACUACAGGUCUGUUGACUACAGAUGGGCUGGCCGUGGAUGCUAUUGGCAGAAAGAUAUAUUGGACAGAUACAGGAACAAACCGUAUUGAAGUGGGAAAUCUUGAUGGCUCUAUGAGGAAAGUCUUGGUCUGGCAGAAUCUGGACAGCCCACGGGCAAUAGCCUUAUACCAUGAGAUGGGGUAUAUGUACUGGACAGACUGGGGUGAGAAUGCCAAGCUGGAACGCUCUGGGAUGGAUGGCUCAGGACGUGUCGUUUUGAUCAGCAACAACCUGGGCUGGCCCAAUGGACUGGCAGUGGAUAAGGCUGGGUCCCAGCUGCUCUGGGCUGAUGCACACACUGAGCGUAUUGAGGCUGCAGAUCUCAAUGGUGCUAACCGCCGCACCCUGCUGUCCCCAGUGCAACACCCCUAUGGCCUCACUUUGCUGGACUCUUACAUCUAUUGGACCGACUGGCAAACUCGCAGCAUUCACAGGGCUGACAAGGACAGUGGUGCCAAUGUCAUCCUGGUGAGGGCAAACCUGCCUGGCCUUAUGGACAUUCAAGCUGUUGAUAGAGCACGGCCCCUAGGCUUUAAUAAAUGUGGAGUUCGUAAUGGUGGCUGCUCCCACCUUUGCUUGCCUCACCCCACUGGAUUCUCCUGUGCCUGCCCCACUGGCAUCCAGCUGAAGCGAGAUGAGCAGACAUGUGACUCUUCUCCAGAGACCUACCUACUUUUCUCUAGCCGUGCUUCCAUUCGUCGUAUCUCGCUGGAUACCAGUGACCACACAGAUGUGCACAUCCCUGUCCCUGAGCUGAACAAUGUCAUUUCUCUGGAUUAUGACAGUGUGGAUGGCAAGAUUUACUACACAGAUGUUUUUCUUGAUGUCAUCAGGCGGUCUGAUCUCAAUGGCAGCAACAUGGAAACUGUUAUUGGUCAGGGUCUGAAGACUACAGAUGGUCUGGCAGUGGACUGGGUUGCUAGGAACCUCUACUGGACAGACACAGGACGCAAUACUGUUGAAGUAGCUAGACUGGAUGGGAGCUCCAGGAAAGUGCUGAUCAACAACAGUCUGGAUGAGCCCCGAGCCAUUGCUGUCUUUCCCAAGAAGGGGUACCUCUUCUGGACAGAUUGGGGUCACAUUGCUAAAAUUGAACGGGCAAACUUGGAUGGCUCUGAACGUAAAAUCCUGAUCAACACUGACCUAGGAUGGCCAAAUGGCUUGACCUUGGAUUAUGACACCAGAAGGAUAUACUGGGUGGACGCGCAUCUUGAUCGCAUAGAGAGUUGUGAUCUCAAUGGGAAGCUACGACAAGUGCUGGUCAGCCAGGUGUCACAUCCCUUUGCUCUGACUCAGCAGGAUAGGUGGAUAUAUUGGACUGACUGGCAAACAAAAUCUAUACAGAGAGUGGACAAAUACUCUGGGCGGAACAAAGAGACAGUCCUGGCCAAUGUUGAGGGGCUGAUGGAUAUCAUUGUGGUUUCCCCUCAAAGACAGACAGGUACUAAUGCUUGUGGAGUGAACAACGGAGGCUGCACUCACCUUUGCUUUGCCAGAGCUUCUGACUUUGUCUGUGCAUGCCCAGAUGAACCAGAUGGGCGGCCCUGUUCUACUGUUCCUGGCGUGGUACCCUUUGGUCCUGAAAUCACCAGUGAGAGAAGUCAGACACCACCUGGUAGAAUAGGUACCUCAACAAGCAAGCCUCUUACAUCUCUGGAAGAAGAGGAAGGAAACUGCUCGGACAAAGAUGCUAGGCGCGGCUUGUGUACUCAUGCCAACGAGGCAGUGUUGGCAACAAUGGGUGAGGGACUGCAUGUUAGCUACAUCAUUGGAGGCCUUCUCAGCAUCUUGUUCAUUUUGCUGCUUAUUGCUUCUUUAAUCAUAUAUAGGCAUAAUAAAUCCAAGUUCACGGACCCUGGCCUAGGGAACCUAACCUAUAGUAACCCCUCGUAUCGGACAUCUACCCAGGAGGUGAAGAUUGAAAGAAUUCCCAAGCCAACAAUGUACAACCAAUUAUGCUAUAAAAAAGAGACUGGUCCUGAUCACAGCUACACCAAGGAGAAGAUAAAGAUUGUGGAAGGGAUAUGCCUUUUAUCCAGUGAUGAUUCAGAGUGGGAUGACCUUAAGCAAAUUCGGAGCUCUCGAGGAGGGAUCCUCCGGGACCAUGUUUGCAUGAAGACAGACACAGUCUCUAUCCAGGCUAGUUCUGGUUCACUGGAUGACACUGAAACUGAGCAGCUGCUACAGGAAGAACAAUCUGAGUGCAGCAGUGUUAACACAGCAGCGGCCACUCCUGAACGGCGUGGCUCACUCCCAGACACAGGCUGGAAACACCAACGCAAGCCCUCCACGGAGAGCGAGGUCUAAAGUACAUGUUGCUUUAGAAAUGCUCGAACCCUGCCUAGCCUCUGUUCUGCACAAAAGAAGACAGGACUCUGCCUGGCAAGCAAGGAAGGGCCCAGAGACUAGCCCCUCUUGUGAGGGGCCCAGAGAUUGUGACUGCCUUUUAGCAAGGAGCUUGGCCAGCUGUGCUGUUGUGGUUGAAGAGGGAGGAUGGGUGGGUUGGAUGGAACCCAGAGACCCUUUCGGCUCAUUUUCACUGUCUGUGGUUUAUUUAUAUGUUCUCUUUUCUUGGAAGCUGCCGUGUUAACUUUUGCAGUGACUCCUCUGGCCUGAAUCUGGUCCAGACGCCGAGUUCUCUGGCAACCUGCAAGUCCUAUGCUGUCCAGCUCACAGUCAAUGCCCAUGAAGAGAGCGCAGCUGCCAUGAUGCUAGCGCCUGGUCACAGAAGUUCCCCUAGUCAUUCCAUCAGUAGCAGCACUCUUCAAGGCUUUGUGUUGUGGGGGCUGUGCUUGGAGAGAUGUCUUGGAAUAGGUGGGAUGUACCCUGGGGCUCAAGGGGACAGUGGCACAGCAUCUGGGCAUAAAGAGGGUAACCACAGUUGUUGCAACGACCCACUUCAUGGGAGCAUCACUGCUUACGUUCCCAUCUGCUAGUAAAAACUUUAAGGAAUUCUCAGAUCGGAGCACAGUGUCUGUUGCUGGCAGUGGGCACUGCUCCUAUUCUCCCCUUUCUCACUGAAAAAUGUUUCUACUCCAGAAAAUAAGUCAGCAAGUGGCCCUUUCAGGACUGCUCCCUGUGGGUGCAGGAAUCAAGAGUGCUGUACUUGAGGGAAGAAUGUUCUUAGUUCUAGAGGGUUGAUGGGAGGAAAUGAAUCUCAGACAGAUCUAAAUCUUACUCUUGCCUUGUUUGGUUUUGUUUUUUAAUUUGCUAAAUCUCCACUGGUCCCAGUUCUGCAAGGUCCCAGUUCUCUCAGCCUUUAUUACUUUUUUUUCUUUUUCUUUCUUUUUUUUUCUUUUUCCACAAUGAGAAGAAAAAAGAUAAUUCCUAGGAUGAGUUUCCCCCAGGGGAAUCCUCAGUGCUGACAGUUAGGAACUGCUUUAUUACAAGGCUGAGCCCAUAUGACCUAGACUAGGAGACAAUAAUCACAGAGCUGCAAGGGCUAUUUUAAAAUAGUUGUUUAUCAGAGAGAAUGACACUUCAAGUAAGCUUUAGUGUUACUACUAAAUAGCUCUCCUUGCAAAGUCAUUUUUCCCAUCAGCUGUGCAAGCCUCAGUUAUUCUCUGGCCUCCAAAGCCUUUAUCCUCUAGAGGGUAAAGGUAAUGCUACGCUUGCAGUUGCACCCCAGCAGCAGCUGGAGCUUGUGUUCUCUCAAGGCCCACUGCCACUUUUCCAUACUCCUGUGGCUUCCUAUUAUCUAUUUCCUCAGGUGGGAAAAAAGAGAAGAUUUCUGGCCACUUCUUCAAAACGGAGGUUUUUAUCAACCCCUCAAGUCACGUAGAUACUAUCACGGUAAAAUACUAAGUGUUAAGGCAGAUAUUUGGAAGCAGAACUUUCCAGUGAAGAAUCUCCCACGGCAAACUGUGACCUUUUUGUCCCCUGGGAAGAAGCCAAGUACAUUCCCACCCAUGGUGGAAGGAGAGCAAAGCAUGCAGUAGGAGUACAGGAGAGGAUGCGUCUCCUGUGCAGUAUUUUUCCAGCUGGUAAAAAAAAAGGGAAAAUCAAUCCUAUUCAACUCUAAUCUUGUUCAUAUACUACCAGUCCUGCGGCUCCUGAAAAUGUGAUGGUUGCCAGCAGGUUGGCUGUACUUUUUACACCAGAGGUAGCUUUGCAGCAAGGAAAAGGUUGCAAUUUUAAGCCAGCUAGGUGGCAUAAACUCUGGUCAUAACUGCACCAUUGGGCUGACUGGUGUAUAUUCCUGUGGAAAAUGAACUGGAGCUAAGGCUUGGAAUAUUCUGUGUUAAUGUGGAACUCUUCCCUACUCCCAGAGGGGUUUUGUUUUUUAAAUUAGAUUUUUUUUAUUUAAUUAUUUAUUUGAUUGACUCCAGCCUGGGAAACAUUGUUUGUGUUGGGCAGGGGCACUUCCGGAUUGAGAUGUGGACUCGACUGGGAGCUGAGAAAGGAUUACGUAUCAGUGACGCACACCUGGCCUGUCUGGGCUGCCGCACACAGGGACAUCAAAGGCUCAAAUGUGGGCAGGCGAAUCAGUUUGAACAGAAGCCACACGCAGGAGCAGGGGCAUUAGAAGUGAGAGUGAGCAGGUGGAUGGAGGAACAGUUAUAUUUUGUUUGUUUCCUCCUCCCCCCCCCACUCCAAAUACCCUUUGGGCACCAAACUCUUGAGGUGGGAGGAGGGUGGAGGGCAACAUCUGCCUGUUCCUGACCCUUGAGCUUCAGUCAGCUAAAACAGUUGCUGUCUGAGUCACAAGUGCAGAAUGGAAAGGAAAACCCAGUCAGUCCUUUCAACAGCUGAUGGUGCUUGUGAUCUCCACUGUAGUAUAUUCUCUGCUGCUUCUUAGGAGGGACGCUGCACGCUCCAGCCCAGCAACCAUUCAUAACUGCUUUCUGCUCUCUUCCGGAAUCAAAUAUGGCAAAAAAGGAGCAACUCAAUGUCCCCCAGCCUCUCCUCCCCAAGCGAGGUGGGCAGAAAUGAGUUUCUUUAUCCUAAAGCAUGGAGAAAGCCCCAGUAAGACGCUGCCUGGGGGUUAAACAUUUCCCCAUUCUGCAGAGGAAAAGACCUUCACUGCACUUAGGCUGUUACGAAUGUAAAAAGGCCGCUGGAGGAUGAUCUCUUGAGCACUGAUUUACUAUGUACAAAGCAAACCUCUCUCCUGUCUGUCCUGAGAUAACGUCCGUGAUUUCCCCGUGUUCCUGUGUAAUGGUUUUAAUGUUACUCACUGGAGACAUCAGAAUUUCUGGAGUUAUUUAACCACUGUGUUCAGUAUUUUAGGGGUUGAUGAUAAUUUAAUAUAAAUUUAGCUUUUCUUAACCA